AUGCUCCGCGGUUUAGCACUUAGUUUCGGCCUCUCUCAAGCUCCACGGUUCCCUGAGAGAUGCCACUCGAAGCUCUACCAUGCCCAAGCAUACCCUUUUGGGCAAGACUCUUCGGCUGAGGGCCCUGGUGCUAGUCACUACUUUGGUGGUGAUAAGGAUCUGGGAAUGCAGUCUAGAAGAGCUCCCAGCUAUUCUCUGGGGGAUCGCAGGGAAAAGUAUCAUAUGAAUUGUAGAGGCUAUUGGUGGAGGCCCACGCCUGGUCCUGAUGCUUAUAAGAUUGAGGAGAAACGGUACUGUAACGAUUUCAACAAUUCUCUGAAGUCCCCAGCCUUCACAGUCGCUCGAGAGGAGGGUCGGAAGAACGCGGUCGCCCUUAGGACCAGCAGCGCCACAGGGCCUCAUGUGGGGCCUGGGAAAUACGAUCAUGUGACGUCAUUGAUCACCUCGCCGAGUGGGAAGACCUUCUGA